CUCUCACUGCGGAACAUCAAGAGCUGGGAAAGCCACCCAUGAUGGAUCGCCUCCUUCUGGCUCUGCUUUUCCUUUUGCAAGGGGUCGAAGGAAGCAGCCGCCACGCAGAAGACUUUCGAUUUUGUGGCGAAAGAAGCCAAACGAAUAAAAGUCAUAUCACUUAUCAGAUGCAGCCCGAGAACAUCAUCAUCACCAUCGAGAACAGUGCUGACACGCUGAAGAUAAGUGCGCCAUUCCCACCAAACCUUGUAAACGUCCCUUUACCCGACAAGUUGGGGAACUACCGCUUCUGCCUCUACUGGUACCAAAGGGAUAGGAUUUUCAACCUCACGUACGGCAGAAACAACUACACGCUGAGUACCGAGGCAGAGCCUUCCUUCCACUUUUCAAACCCAAGUGCACCGCAGAAUAGAAGUGGGGUUCCUGUGCUUUCCAGCGUGUCCUACGCCUACGGCAAAGGCCUGCGGAACACCUCCCUCAGCAGCGCCGCUGUUUACUCCUUCUCCAUCCGUGACAUCAGCAGGGUGCAUGAGAUUGAAGAAGGAUUAAGGAAUUUAGCAAACUACAUGAAGAAACCCACUGGAAGAAAGACCAUUGCACCAUAUGAGAGACUUCUGCGUUUGGAAUCGGACCUGGGACAGGUGGUGUUUGAAGGGGAGAGCGAGACUUUUGGGACGAGUACAGUCCGUGCGACUGUUUUGAAGAUAGGGCCCAGCAAAGCCUCUCAGGAUCUGCCCUUCAUGUCUGAAUUGGAGGUGGGCAGAGAGGUCCAUGGGUUUGAGGUGAAUCUGCCAAAGAUCCUCUUUGCACAGAUGAAGGGCAGGGUGAAGAACGCUGAGAAGCGAGUGGUCCUGAUGGAUAUCAACAACAAGGCCCUUUUCCAGGUAAGGGCUGGUCCCUGGGAUGGGAAUGAAUUUGGUGCUCGUGUGCAGUAA